UCAUCCUUCCAUCAUUGCGCGGACUCCAAUCCUUCACCUUGCCCUUCCCACCCUUUCAGCUGGUUCAACAGCCGCCAAGAAGCUACAACAUGAGACACGCGCAUUCGUGCCUCGCUUUUGGCAGCUCGCUGUCGUGUGGUCUGCCAGCGACACCUCAGCCUCGGCGUGCGGACCAGCUUAUCAAGGUGCUGCCGACUUUUGCCGAGUCAUCUUCCAGCGCAGCCUUGCGGCAGAGUUUGUUCAGAGGUCGCAGCGAGCGACGUCGACUGUUUCACUCCAGCUCAUUGUGCAGAGACUACUACAAGACUCUCGAGGUCCCUAGAAAUGCCUCGACUCGUGACAUCAAAGCGCAAUUCUACCGACUCUCAAAAAAAUGGCACCCUGAUGUCAACAAAAAUAACGAGGGAGCAAAGAAAAAGUUUCAAGAGGUGUCCGAAGCCUGGACCACGCUAGGCAAUGAGCGGAGUCGGCGCGACUACGAUCGGCGCUCGUCGGAAGGCGCAGCUAGCAGCAGCGGUGGAAGCUCCUCAGGGCCAGGUUACUCCUACGACUCGUCGUCCAACACGCAGAGGCGAGCGAGAGCGACGUACGCCUGGGAGUACCAAAGGAGAAGCUCUUCUCCCAAAGCUUCUCGCUCUUCAGCCCACACCAACUACUCUCCGCAUGGCGCUUCUGCAGGGGCAACGUCGUCGGAAUAUGCUAGGGCCGCCUUUGGAGCUGGAACAGAAACGUCGGGCGCUUCGCAAGAAGCUCAGAGGGCCGCAUUCGACAGCAUGGUCAGAUCACAGAGGGCGAGGGAGGAGUUCGCGGCGAAGAGAGGCAGGCCCCAGGCGUAUUCUUCGUCAGCAGGCCACGGCAUGGCUCCAGAGACUGAGACGCAGAGAUCUAAUCCUCUCAUCAAGUUUGCUCAGGUCGUGACGCUCUUCUUGGCUACUGCCUGGCUUGGCAGCAAGCUGGCUGCAGGGACGGGCUCCAGCACAAUCAAGGCGGAUGAAGGAGAUAGAAUUGUAGAAGAGGACACGUCAUAGAGCGUAAUUAGUGCUUGGAAUUGCGGUUUCGAGCGAGUGCGCGGUGUAGCGUGUGAAGUUGUAUUCGUCGGCAGGGUCAGACGAUACAUCAGAGGCGGACAUCUGAGGUCCACGAACUGUGAGAAAACUUCUCGAAAAGUCGCGCAUUGACGCCGAAGCCUUCCUUCUAGGGUCUAACGAGCACGACUAUGCCGCUUGGACCUCACGGCUGGAUGUCGCGAGGACAGCUGCGCGCUCACAUAAAUCGUUUGCGCCGACACAUUUCUC